CAGCUCGAGAGAGAAGAGAAGUACAAAGAAUUUCAGAAGAGAAAGAGGAACGAUGUCACUGUUACCUGUAUACUACGACUACAGCCCAUUCACACCAUACUAUGCAUCAGCAACGCCAAUCCGAAGCUUGCUGUCUAGCAUGCUAAAUGAUGAAUUGGGUUUGAUGCCACCUCAGGGUCAGCUAGCACCCCGCAGGAGAAAUGUGCCGUCAACAUGGAGGCAAACUUUCCACUUGGACAACUUUAGCCCCGAGGAAGUGAAAGUGAACGUCGAGGACGGAUUUGUAAGAGUCCAUGCACGACACGUCCGUGGGGAUGACCAAAACGGCGAGGUACGUGAAACAAAAAGAUGCAUUAAAAUUCCGGAUGGAGUUGACCAGAGCAAAGUUCACUGCAAAAUGAUGAAUGAUAAUACUUACUGCGUGGAGGCGCCCAUUCUAGCUAAUGACGACGAGGAGGAAAUGGAAGUUGAGGUCGAGAAUGUUCCAGCCAUUACAGACGGUAAGGAAAAAGAUAUGCAGUUAGUCGAGAGCAAUAAGAAACCAUUCGAGACCAAAGUAGAUCUGUCCGUGUUUGAGCCUGACCACAUCACCGUCAAACGACGUGGGAACGUUGUUUCCGUCGCCGCUGACCAUCAACGUGAGGAGGACGGCAUGAAAGUGUCUCGUUCAUUCCGACGCGAGUUCACCGUACCAGAGGGCGUGGACUACAAACAUAUCAAGUGUGUCCGAGAUCCCAAGGGCCAUUUGGCUGUUCUGGCCCCCAGAGCUGACAAAAAGUGAGUGCGUUUGUGUGGACUGUGCAAACGUUUGUGAACGUUAGAUAUUGACUUUAUAAAUGAUAUGUCGUUCCAUUACGAAUCUGCAUAAUGAUAAUCAUAUAAAUGUUCAUCAGAUAGAUGUCAUCUGGUCCCAAUUUGUGCCAUUUUGUACAGAUAACUGUUUUGUAUUUCUUUUUUUCCUUGUUAUAAUAAAUAUGUGAAACCAAGAAA